AACCAGGCCGUGGGCGAGGGGCUGCACCGCGCCGUGCAGGCUAUUCCUGCUCUGGAGUUUGCCUUCAAAAACGAACGCAUCACUCUGGCGAUUGUGGGUGCUGCCGUCGCGCCUCCGAUGGUGCCAAAAGGGAGCGUCUGUAAAGAGCUGAAAGUGUACCCCGCAGAGUGUAGGGGGCGGCGAAGCACCUAUCGGGGGAAACUGACCGCUGACAUCAGCUGGUCAGUCAAUGGCGUUCCUAAAGGGAUUAUUAAACAGUCCCUGGGAUAUGUUCCAAUCAUGGUCAAAUCUAAACUUUGCAAUCUGCAUAAUCUUCCUCCCAGAGCUCUGAUUGAACACCAUGAGGAAGAAGAGGAAAUGGGAGGCUAUUUUAUAGUUAAUGGAAUAGAAAAAGUUAUCAGACUGCUGAUUAUGCCUAGACGAAACUUUCCCAUUGCAAUGAUAAGACCCAAAUGGAAAAGCCGAGGCCCUGGCUACACAGAAUAUGGUAUAUCAAUGCACUGUGUCAGGGAUGAGCACACUGCUAUAAAUAUGAACCUUCACUACCUGGAAAAUGGUACCGUGAUGCUGAACUUCAUUUUUCAGAAAGAGUUGUUCUUCCUUCCCCUGGGAUUUGCUCUGAAGGCAUUAGUUGGUUUCUCAGACUACCAGAUUUUUCAGGAGUUGAUCAGAGGAAGAGAAGACAACUCCUUCUACAAGAACUGCAUUUCUCAGAUGUUGAGACUGGUGAUGGAGGAGGGCUGUGCCACGCAGAAGCAGGUCCUUGACUACCUUGGGAAAUGCUUCCGGGUGAAACUCAACCUUCCUGAGUGGUACCCGAAUGAACAAGCUGCAGAAUUCCUUUUGGAUCAGUGCAUCUGUAUACACUUGAAAACCAAGAGUGAGAAGUUCUACUUGCUUUGUCUGAUGACCCGGAAGUUGUUUGCUUUUGCCAAAGAAGAGUGCAUGGAGGACAACCCAGACAGCCUUAUAAACCAGGAAGUGCUUACCCCAGGGCAGCUUUACCUCAUGUUCUUAAAGGAGAGGAUGGAAGCUUGGUUGCUUUCUCUGAAAGUUGCCUUAGAGAAGAGAGCUCAGAAGACCAAUGUAACUAUCAAUUCAGAAAAUAUGAUGAAGCUAUUCAGCAUGGGAAUUGAUGUUACAAGGCCAUUUGAAUAUCUGCUUGCUACGGGCAACCUGCGCUCUAAAACAGGUCUGGGUAUGCUACAAGAUUCUGGUCUGUGUGUGGUGGCAGACAAGCUGAAUUUUGUUCGUUAUCUGUCCCAUUUUCGGUGCGUACACAGAGGCGCUGCAUUUGCCAAGAUGAGAACUACCACAGUGCGCAAACUGCUGCCUGAAUCCUGGGGCUUCCUGUGCCCGGUGCACACGCCUGAUGGAGAGCCCUGUGGGCUCAUGAACCAUAUUACAGCUGUCUGUGAAAUAGUGACACACUCAGCCUACACCUUAUCUCUGCCACCUUUGCUCUGCUCCUUAGGUGUCACCCCAGUUGACGGGACUCCAAGCCAACCCUAUGCAGAGUGUUACCCAGUUACCCUGGAUGGAUCCUUGGUGGGCUGGGUGGAAAAAGAUAUGGCUCCUACCAUAGCAGAUACUCUACGGCACUUUAAGGUAAUGAAAGAAAAGAAAAUUACAGCCUGGACAGAGGUCGUCCUUAUUCCAAUGACAGGAAAACCUAGUCUGUAUCCAGGGUUGUUCAUUUUUACUACCCCUUGUCGGAUGAUUCGACCGGUGAGAAACUUGGCCUUGGGAAAGGAAGAAUUGAUUGGCACUCUGGAACAGGUCUUCAUGAACAUUGCUGUCCUGGAGGAUGAAAUUGUGCCAGGUGUGACCACUCACCAAGAGCUCUUUCCUCAUAGCAUGCUGAGCGUGGUAGCCAACCUCAUUCCAUUCUCUGAUCACAAUCAGAGUCCUAGGAACAUGUACCAAUGCCAGAUGGGCAAGCAAACUAUGGGCUUUCCACUUCUGACUUACCAGGAACGCUCAGAUAAUAAACUGUACCGACUUCAGACGCCGCAAAGCCCCUUGGUGCGGCCAUACAUGUAUGAUUACUAUGACAUGGACAGCUAUCCCAUUGGUACCAAUGCAGUCGUUGCUGUCAUCUCCUACACUGGCUAUGACAUGGAAGAUGCAAUGAUUGUGAGUAAGGCUUCGUGGGAGCGAGGAUUUGCACAUGGCAGUGUUUACAAGACGGAGAGCAUAGAUCUUGCUGAAAAAAUCAAACAAGGAGAUGACUGUCUGGUGUUUGGAGUCAAGCCUGGAGAUCCCAGGGUUACGCAGAAUCUCGACGCAGAUGGACUGCCGCACAUUGGAUCCAUACUGCAGUAUGGGGACCCUUUCUACGGCUACCUGAACCUCAGUACAGGGGAGAGCUUCGUCACCUAUUACAAGAGUAAGGAAAGUUGCAUUGUUGAUAAUAUCAAAGUGUGCAGCAAUGACAGUGGAAAUGGGAAGUUUAAAAGUGUGUGCAUCACCAUGAGAAUCCCUCGCAAUCCAACUAUUGGAGACAAAUUUGCCAGCCGACAUGGACAGAAGGGCAUUUUGAGCAGACUCUGGCCUGUGGAGGAUAUGCCAUUUACAGAGAGUGGAAUGGUUCCAGAUAUUCUCUUCAAUCCGCACGGCUUUCCUUCCCGAAUGACCAUCGGAAUGCUGAUUGAGAGUAUGGCAGGGAAGUCUGCAGCAUUGCAUGGCCUCUGUCAUGAUGCCACCCCCUUCACCUUUUCUGAGGAGAGCUCUGCCUUAGAAUACUUCGGCAAGAUGCUGAAGGCCGCUGGGUAUAACUACUAUGGAACGGAGCGGAUGUACAGUGGAAUCAGUGGGGUGGAACUGGAGGCAGACAUUUUCAUUGGAGUUGUAUACUAUCAGCGCCUGCGCCACAUGGUCUCAGACAAGUUCCAAGUGAGGACGACAGGAGCCAGAGAUAAAGUCACCAACCAGCCCAUCGGUGGGAGGAACGUCCAGGGUGGGAUUCGCUUCGGGGAGAUGGAACGCGACGCCUUGUUGGCUCACGGAACUUCGUUCUUGCUGCAUGACCGUCUCUUCAACUGCUCCGAUCGUUCGGUGGCCCACGUCUGUGUCAAGUGUGGUAGUUUGCUUUCUCCUUUGUUGGAGAAACCUCCUCCUUCCUGGUCCGCCAUGCGCAACAGGAAAUACUACUGUACCCUGUGCAAUCAGAGUGACACAAUUGACACUGUGGCUGUGCCUUAUGUCUUCAGGUAUUUUGUGGCUGAGUUGGCCGCCAUGAACAUAAAAGUGAGACUCAAUGUGAACUAACUGUGGACAUGAAUAGCAAUUCAACUGCUCUAGAAAAAAGUAACCUAUUUUUAAAUAUACAGGUUUUUCUGUUGAAGAGUUUAAAAGGACUAUCAACUCCUUUCUUGAAAUCCUGCAAGAGCUGUGGGAUUAGUUUGAUUUGUGUACCCAAACUGGGGAGAGAAUCUGCUAAAUUACUUAGCAAUCAAAUGGAGAAGAGCAUCAGACCUUGUUAGUGACUGGUAGCUCUGUCCUCAUUGUUUGUGUUUCAUAGUAGCCAAAAAUCUGUCAGGUCUGAAAACAGCCGUGCUCCCACUUUAUCGGAUAGUGGGCUAGGAAUUAGUUACUCCUUUCCCCAGAUACUGCCUCCUGUAAGUGUGCACUGGCUGCUCCAGGUGGCGAAUGCACUGUCAUGCUAAAGAGGUUAAAUAAAAUGCAAUGUAGGUGAAGGCUGGACGACUACCAAAAGUGAGUUGGUAAAAGAAACAAACAUCUUCACGUAGUUUAAUGGCUAGUGGAGUGUCCGUCCUGUGCAGGCAGCCAGGAAAAUUCAUUGUUUUGCCUUCGAGAAACACACCUGAGAUGAUUAAAAGGGGAAAAGGCUCGUGGUGACAGUCAGGACAUGUUAUCAGAGGGGGAGGGGAGCAGGAGGCAGUGCUGGGGGGAGCUGGCUUAAGUCACCCACUGUCCCCGUGGUACAUGGGGAAGGGGAGGCAGAGCCGCAGUGGGGGACAGUCCCGGCGCGCGUCAGUCUGCUUUUUAAAUGUAGUAAGAGCUGCCACGUCGUGGACCACUGCAGCUCUGCUUUUUAAAUAUAGUUCCCCGCUGCAGCUCUGCCAUUGAGACGUAGUAAGAGCCUGGAGGCCCUAACUAUAUUUAAAAAAGCAGAGCCGCAGCAGUCCGUCACGGACUGGCCACCGCUGCGGCUCUGCCGUUUAAAUGUUGUAGGAGCCAGGCUGCCUGCACGCCCAGCUCCUCCUACGCUUGAACUGCAGAGCUGCAGCUUCUCAGCUAUUUAUGUGCUCAAUGCAAAUUGUAUCGAGUACAUGAUUAAUCAGUUACCCACCUCUUCACAUCCUGAAGUUUCACUUCCUGGUUCUCACUGCUGGCAGCAUUUGGGCUGCAAACACCACAGCAGCAGCAUUUCAGUCUUAUUACUUGUUUAAUUUUAUUUUUUAUUUUGUCUGCUGAAACAUGACUGGUUUUGUAAAAGUUUAUUUUCAACUAACCUAAGCUUAUGGCAAAAUCUAUCUUUUUAUAUUAAGGAUGAGAGAAAUUGUGAUUUAUUCGUAUUUUGAAAAAAUAGUAAAAUGCCUCGAAGUCA